AUGCUCGCAAUUGCUUUUUCCCUGCGUCAAUCUGUCUUCGCUUUGAAUCCGCCUCAGAAUCUCAAAAGCGCAGUCGCACCCGCAUCAGUCCUCAAGCUAUCACACCUAAGAUCCGAGCUCAGAACGGACCGCAAUGGCUUCAGAUCAAACCCGCCUGCAAAUCCGCACCCAGCACUGCGCAUUCUGCAACCACCUCCUACUAGCAACAACACGCGACAUCUCCACCCUCCUCGUCGCGGCGGCGAAGCCAAAGACCAAGCUAUCAUCCUCCCACUAGAACUACACACAGACCUCGACGAAGAUCCAGAGAACACCGAGAGCACAUCAGAAGCCAACUCGGCCUCAAAAGCUAAGCACGCUACCCUCCUCCUCGCGACUACCAUUCCCGACCGCCGUGCAACACUUAUCCGUCGUGAAGAUGGCAUUGAAAAGCGCAUUCUGCUGAGGUGUGGUCGCUGUCGCGUUGUGGUGGGGUAUUAUUUGGAUCGCGUACAUUGGAGUACUACUGGUACUGGGAGGGCUUCGACAGAUGCCGUGGAGGGGGAGCGGGAGGAUGUGAGGCCGCCUGCUGUGUACCUUUUGCCGGGGUCUUUGCUGGAAACGGAGAAGCUGGGCGUGGAGGGGGCGACGGCUGUGGGGAGAUGGAAUGGAGGGGUUGGAGCGCAUAAUCUAGAAGAGACGCAUUAUAUGUCCAAUUGGAGUUUAUCGUUGGGGUUAAAAUGUACACUUCAGCUUGGAGGGAGAGCGAUCAACGGGGCGUCUACAAAUUUUUAUGCGAGAAAUAUGAGGAGAGUUUAA